CACUUUUCAUUGAUUGUGUUGGUUGACGAACUGCAGAAUGGCGUUAACCCUGAGCGGACUCUAUCACAUGGCAGCGUUCGCCUGGUACGCGUUCGUGGUCACAAGUCUUAUGGCCAAACACGGGGAGGACUUGCCCUCUGGAAUCUUUGUCUACGGAGGCCCCUGGAAGUACCUGACCUUUCUGAAUCUGUUAUUGCAGAUGUCUUUCUUUGGAGUGGCUGCAGCAAGCGAUCUUCAUCCUUUUGUAAAGUCGGAGAGCUUUCUGACCCAAUUUAAAGAUCUUCUCUUCAGUGUCUUUACCUUCCCUGUGGGCACGUACGUUGUUCUGUUAUUUUGGAUCCUCUUUGCAUAUGACAGGGAGUUAGUCUAUCCAGCGACUAUCAACGCCUUCUUCCCCGCCUGGAUUAACCAUGCUAUGCACACAUUUGUCCUUCCUGUUUUACUGGGAGAAGUUCUGGUGCAGCCUCAUUCCUACCCCAAGACUCAACAUGCAGUGGCAGCUUUAGGAGCUGUGGGCGUGGCUUACUUAUCCUGGGUCCUGUGGGUGUACCUGUCCGUUGGGAUUUGGGUUUAUCCCAUCCUGGCUCACUUCAGCUCUUCUGGACUUGCAGCCUUCUUCUUCUUCAACAUGUUUGUGGUGACAUUAUUGUACUUGUUAGGAGACAAACUCAACAGGCGUGUGUGGAAACAUUUCCAAGUUCACCACUGAAAAAUAGUCCACGGGCAGAUAGGGCCAAAUAUAUUUGGACACUGACUGGUCUGGUGAGAUGGUCUCCACAGGAGAUGAUGUCGUGGG